AUGUAUUCAUCUAUAACGUCCUUUGUAUCGUCCGAUCAACCUCUCCUUCGCAACUCAACUAUACGUUAUCAACGUUUUACUUUGUUAAAAUACAAUAUGAGUCUUUCCCUCAGAAAUAUAAACCGAUUAAAUCAAUACAACUUGAUGGCUCCAUUGCUCAAGGCUCUUCUGGAUAGUGGUCUUCGACCUGAGAUAUCCAAUACCUAUGUAAAACGUCUCCUUUCUGACUUAGAACGAAACGACUAUAUGGAGAGUGAUACAGAUGAUUAUGAUGAUCCCGACGAUGAACUAGACCAUGCAUUAGCCACAACACACACAGAAAAUGGACCAUACAAUCAACAAUCUAGUACAUGA